GACAGAAUGACAGGAUGUAAACAAAAAAGUGCAAUCUGUUGUGUUUUGUGUUUCACGUUGCUAAAUAAUUUUGUUUGAAAUGGAAGAAAUAGAUCACACUUGCCUGGAAAAGUCGCAAACAUUUGCGGAGGCCGCAGGCAAGCUGGAAUUGAACAAGGCGCUCGCCAUAUGCAAAUUCUGUGGCAAAACAUUUAAGUUUCACGCAAUGCUCCGACAGCACGAAAAGAUCCAUUUCGGUGUCAAACAGUUCGAAUGCGAGAUCUGUGGUCGCCGCUUUCUUCAUAAAGGCACACUAAAAUGUCACCUGCGAAUGCAUACCGGCGAAACACCAUAUAAAUGCCCACACUGUCCACUGGCUUUCCGCGGACAGACCGCCCUGAAUUGCCAUGUUUUCCGGCACACCAAGAUGGGAGUAAAGUGUUCGGAAUGCUCAAAGAUUUUUGCAACAAACUCUAUUGUUAAGCAACACAUCAAACAGGUUCACAGCGCGACUCGAUCGCACGUUUGCAACAUCUGUGGAAUUACUUACAAGUACUUGAAAAGCUUAAAGUUGCAUCUUCAGAAUCACGAGAAACGCGUUUGUCCCGAGUGCGACACUGUGUUUUCCAGUGUUUACGCAAUGCUAAGGCACCGUAAAGGUCAUGUGAAAGAAAGUACCCCAUUUCAAUGUGCAUUCUGCAAUCGCAGCUUUAAGCAGAAAGCCGAUCUUAAAUCGCAUGAUAGAUUGCGCGGACGAGCCUUUCAGUGCGAUAUUUGUUGCCACAGUUUCAACAAACAGAUGUUUCUAACAAACCACAAACGCCGCGUCCACUGGCAACAACUGGGUUUAGAACAAUUGAAAAUAGCACAGCCAAAGCAAGGUUGGAAUCGUAAAGGUGUUCCAAAACCAAAGCACCGUGAAUCGACGACUUACACCGAUGGCGCGGGGAUCAAAAACGGCUCGAUCAAGGGAUCUCUGACCCACUCGACAGUUCUCGAUACUGACCACAUUGGGACCAAUUUUUACGAUGAUGAGCUAUCAGUGUCCAGGAAGCAAAAUGUUAGAAACCUUACGGAUGCGUCUGUGACAACUGAAGAAACAACCACAGUCUGUGAGUUGGGAAUAAUGGACGAUGAAAAAAAUGCUGCUAUGAAGCAUUUUGAAAGUGCAUUCGCAACGAACGAGACAUUAAGUGGACGUGAUAACGAUGUAUCGGAAAAGUUGCUCGAUAGGUCACACGACAGCCCAUCUUCAACACUCCCCACCACCUCAGAACCUCUAACCAAUCAACGGGAUAAGACUCGCCGCAAACCGAAAACUGAACAAGAGCCUUUAAUUUGUGAGAUGUGCGGAAAACGGUACGCUUCUGCCACUACACUCGCUGUCCAUCGUGCAAACCGGCACCACUCUCAGCGCUUCCCUUGUGACAAGUGUGAAAGAUCCUUUGGAUAUCGCUGUUACCUGGAGCAGCAUAUCCGGAUGCAACACCAAAACGAGCUGAUAGUUUGCAAACUGUGCACGAAGAGGUUCAAAUAUGUGCAAGAUUUUAAAGUGCACAUGAAACACCACGAUGACGACAAACCCUUCAAAUGUGAUCAAUGCACGUCUACGUUUCGAUUUCCGAGUGCUCUGCGAAGUCACCGCUUGCUUCACAGCGACGAGUGGCCGUUCCAGUGUGACUGUGGCAAGCGAUUUCGCUUUGAGAACAGUUUACGCGUACACAAACGAUUGCAUGGGGGAGAAAAACUGUUUGCAUGUUCAGUUUGUGACCGUAAAUUUGCUACCAAGGCACCAAUGUUGCGGCACAUGCAUAAUGUGCAUAAAAAUGGCAAACAAAUGAGCUGUGCGGUAUGCAACGUUGUGUUUUAUAAAAAGGUAGAUUUGGUGGUUCACCAAAGCAAGGAGCAUCCCAAUCACGUUUUGGUCGGCAAAGUGUCACGGGUUUAUAGCUGCGAACAUUGUGGUAAAGAGUUUAUCAAGAAAAGCAACUUGAAAACACAUUCCUACAUCCACGAGGAUAUUUAUAGAUAUAGCUGCAAAGUGUGCCUUGAAAAUUUUAAACAAUAUGCCGGUCUGCGGAACCACAUGAUAAGCACACAUCGACAAACAAAAGGGACGGAGAAGCCCGACUAG